CAGUAGGCUCAGCUCCAUUAGAGCGGCGGAGUGUUUGCGGGCUGUCCGCUUUUCUGACCUUCUGCUGCGGCUCCGGAGACAUGGGAACGCCCUGAAGCCUCCAGAGCUCCACACACAGCUCCACACCCGGCUGUAACAACCAGAACAUUAUAACUCAAACCUUCCGCUGACCGUCUCUGAGCUAAGAAGACAAACGGUGAAGAGACUACAUGUCCCAGAAUCCUCUCUGAGAGCGAGCGACCACUUCCUGACAGACUCGUCCGUGUUUUCCUCUCUCCCUCCGUCCGGUUGGUUGGAUGAGUCCCACACAGCGACACAACUGUGAGCAGUGAUUGGGCGCUGAGCCAGACCGGGUAGCCAACGGGGAGCCAGGCUAGCCAUCAUGGCGGACGUGGACCCGGACACCCUGCUGGAGUGGCUGCAGAUGGGUCAGGGCGACGAGCGCGACAUGCAGCUCAUCGCUCUGGAGCAGCUCUGCAUGCUGCUGCUCAUGUCUGACAACGUCGACCGCUGCUUCGAGACGUGUCCUCCUCGGACGUUCCUCCCGGCGCUCUGUAAGAUCUUUUUGGACGAGAGCGCUCCGGACAACGUGCUGGAGGUCACGGCUCGAGCCAUCACCUACUACCUGGACGUCUCUGCUGAGUGCACACGCAGGAUCGUAGGAGUGGACGGAGCCAUCAAAGCCCUCUGCAACCGGCUGGUGGUGGUGGAGCUCAACAACAGGACCAGCAGAGACCUGGCAGAGCAGUGUGUGAAGGUGCUGGAGCUGAUCUGCACUCGGGAGUCUGGCGCCGUGUUCGAGGCCGGCGGUCUGAACUGCGUGCUGAGCUUCAUCAGAGACAGCGGACACCUGGUACACAAAGACACGCUGCACUCGGCCAUGGCCGUCGUUUCCCGCCUCUGCAGCAAGAUGGAGCCGCAGGACUCGUCUCUGGAGACCUGCGUGGAGUCUCUGUCCAGCCUCCUCAAACACGAAGACCACCAGGUAUCAGACGGAGCUCUGCGCUGCUUCGCCUCAUUGGCCGACAGGUUCACGCGCCGCGGCGUCGACCCCGCCCCUCUGGCCAAACACGGCCUGACGGAGGAGCUGCUGUCCCGCAUGGCGGCCGCCGGCGGCACGGUGUCUGGCCCCGCCUCUUCCUGUAAGCCCGGCCGGACCUCCACGGGCGCCUCCGUCCCCUCGGCCCCCGACUCCAAACUGAGCAACCAGGUGUCGACCAUCGUCAGCCUGCUGUCCACGCUCUGCCGCGGCUCGCCUCUCGUCACUCACGACCUGCUUCGCUCUGCGCUGCCUGACUCCAUGGAGUCUGCUCUGGGAGGAGACGAGCGCUGCGUGCUGGACACCAUGCGGCUGGUGGACCUGCUGCUGGUGCUCCUGUUCGAGGGACGCAAGGCUCUCCCCAAAUCCACGGCCGGCUCGACGGGUCGGAUCCCCGGCCUGCGACGCCUGGACAGCUCCGGAGAGAGAUCCCACCGACAGCUCAUCGACUGUAUCCGCAGCAAAGACACGGACGCUCUGAUCGACGCCAUCGACACCGGAGCGUUCGAGGUGAACUUCAUGGACGAUGUCGGACAGACGCUGCUUAACUGGGCUUCAGCUUUCGGCACACAGGAAAUGGUUGAGUUCCUGUGUGAGAGAGGAGCGGACGUCAACCGAGGUCAAAGGUCAUCAUCACUACACUACGCUGCCUGUUUCGGACGCCCACAGGUUGCCAAGACGCUGCUGAGACACGGAGCCAACCCCGACCUGAGAGACGAGGACGGGAAGACUCCUCUGGACAAAGCCAGAGAGAGAGGACACAGUGAGGUGGUGGCCAUACUGCAGUCCCCCGGAGACUGGAUGUGUCCGGUGAAUAAGGGCGAUGACAAGAAGAAGAAAGAUGUGAAUAAGGAGGAGGAGGAGGGCAGCGAGCCCAAAGGAGACCCAGAGAUGGCUCCAAUCUACCUGAAGAGACUUCUGCCUGUUUUUGCACAAACCUUUCAGCAAACCAUGCUGCCUUCUAUUAGGAAAGCCAGUCUGGCUCUGAUCAGGAAGAUGGUUCACUACAGCAGUGAAGUCCUGCUGAAGGAAGUCUGUGACAGCGAAGCCGGACACAACCUGCCUACAGUGCUGGUGGAGAUCACUGCUACAGUCCUCGACCAGGAGGACGAUGACGACGGCCACCUGCUGGCUCUACAGAUCAUCAGGGAUCUGGUGGAUAAAGGUGGAGACGUGUUUCUGGAUCAGCUGGCUCGGCUUGGAGUCAUCAACAAGGUGUCGACCCUCGCCGGCCCUGCGUCCGACGACGAGAACGAGGACGAGGCCAAACCUGAGAAGGAGGAGGAGGUGCAGGAGGAUGCGAGGGAGAUCCAGCAGGGUAAGCCGUACCACUGGAGGGAUUGGUCCAUCAUCAGAGGGAGAGAUUGUCUCUACAUCUGGUCCGACGCUGCUGCUCUCGAACUGUCCAACGGCUCCAACGGUUGGUUCAGGUUCAUCCUGGACGGGAAGCUCGCCACCAUGUACUCCAGCGGGAGUCCAGAGGGGGGGUCAGACAGCUCCGAGUCCCGCAGUGAGUUCCUGGAGAAGCUCCAGCGUGCGAGGAGUCAGGUCAAACCCGUCACAGCCAGUCAGCCCAUCCUGUCCAGCGUGGGUCCCACCAAGCUGACGGUGGGGAACUGGUCUCUGACCUGCCUGAAGGACGGAGAGAUCGCCAUCCACAACUCUGACGGGCAGCAGGCCACCAUCCUGAAGGAAGACCUGCCCGGCUUCGUGUUCGAGUCCAACAGAGGAACCAAACACUCGUUCACCGCUGAGACGUCACUCGGCUCGGAGUUCGUGACGGGCUGGACGGGGAAACGCGGCCGGAAGCUGAAGUCGAAGCUGGAGAAGACGAAGCAGAAGGUGAAGAGCAUGGCGAGGGAGCUUUACGACGAUCACUUCAAAGCCGUGGAGAGCAUGCCGAGAGGAGUGGUCGUCACUCUGAGGAACAUCUCCACACAGCUGGAGUCCUCCUGGGAGCUACACACUAACAGACAGUGUAUUGAAGGAGAGAACACGUGGAGGGAUCUGAUGAAAACAGCUCUGGAGAACCUGAUCGUAGUUCUGAAGGAUGAAAACACGAUCUCACCCUACGAGAUGUGUAGCAGCGGCCUCGUCCAGGCGCUCUUCACUGUCCUCAACAAUAGCGUGGAACUGGACCUGAAACAUGAUUGUAAGCCUUUAAUGGAGCGGAUCAACGUCUUUAAAGCGGCUUUCAGCGAGAAUGAAGACGAUGAAAGCCGACCAGCUGUUGCCUUAAUCCGUAAACUGAUAGCUGUCCUGGAGUCGAUAGAACGUCUACCUCUGCACCUGUACGACACUCCAGGGUCCUCAUACAACCUGCAGAUCUUGACCAGGAGGUUGCGUUUCCGUCUGGAGCGAGCUCCCGGUGAGACGGCUCUGAUCGACCGGACGGGACGCAUGUUGAAGAUGGAGCCGCUGGCAACCGUCGAGUCUCUGGAGCAGUACCUGCUGAAGAUGGUGGCGAAGCAGUGGUACGACUUCGAGCGCUCCUCUUUUGUGUUUGUGAGGAAGCUGAGGGAGGGACAGACCUUCACCUUCAGACACCAGCACGACUUCGACGAGAACGGCAUCAUCUACUGGGUCGGAACCAACGCCAAGACCGCCUACGAGUGGGUAAAUCCCGCCGCCUACGGCCUGGUGGUGGUGACAUCAUCAGAGGGGCGUAACCUGCCUUACGGGCGCUUGGAGGAUAUUCUGAGUCGGGACAGCUCCGCCCUCAACUGCCACACCAACGAUGACAAGAACGCCUGGUUCGCCGUCGACCUCGGACUCUGGGUCAUCCCCUCAGCAUACACACUGAGACACGCCAGGGGUUAUGGCCGCUCUGCGUUGAGGAACUGGGUGUUCCAGGUUUCUAAGGACGGUCAGAACUGGACGACUCUCUACACUCACGUGGACGACUGCAGCCUGAAUGAACCGGGGUCUACGGCCACGUGGCCUCUGGACCCGUCCAAAGAGGAGAAGCAGGGCUGGAGACACAUCCGGAUCAAACAGAUGGGGAAGAACGCCAGCGGUCAGACUCACUACCUGUCUCUGUCUGGUCUGGAGCUCUACGGCACCGUCAGCGUCUGUGAGGACCAGCUGGGUAAAGCAGUGAAGGAGGCGGAGGCUAACCUUCGCCGUCAGCGCCGACUCUUCCGCUCUCAGGUGAUGAAGUACAUCGUCCCGGGAGCGCGGGUCGUGCGAGGGAUCGACUGGAAGUGGCGUGACCAGGACGGGAACCCGGCGGGGGAGGGGACGGUCACGGGCGAGGCUCACAACGGUCUUUAACUCAGCAGCUUCCUGAUUGGACGAUCC